AAAAUGGAUUAUUGUUGUUGACUGCAACAAAGUUUAGGAUGCUGAAACAUGGUGCGGGUAAAACGAAAACAUGCACCCAGCCCAAACUGAUGUUUUCUCCCAAGUGCCGUCACUGCCACCCCGGUACAGAUUUAGGGACCUUGUAUUAGGAGAUUCUGUACAUCAUUUUGAUGACAGAGUGCGAGUUGAGUUCUUCACCAAUGAAAAAUCACUUAAAGAACGACUACAGCUUUAUUUCAUCAAAAACCAAAGAUCAAGUUUACGGAUACGAAUAUUCAACCUUGUGAUCAAGCUGCUAACAUGUGCCCUCUACAUCGUAAGGGUUUCCAUGGACGGUCUGUCUCACUGCCAACAAUUCCCCAAUGGAACAAUCGUGGAUACGGACGACUGUUGGACCCCGGUUGAUGCUGAUCGUUUCCAGGAAAACCCUCAUAUCAACUGGAACAGGAUUCUGUGGGUUAAUAGGUCCAGUGAACUGUGGAUUAUCCAGGUGACAGUUGCUGGAAUCAGCCUGGUGGAGACCAUUCUUGUCCAGUAUCUCAGCUACAAGGUAAAGCUUUCUGUUUCUCCUCUUGGAUG